UUGGCAGGGUAACGGUGUGGAAACUGCGCUCGGUCUUCUUCUGUUUUUAUACAUAUUUUUAACCAUAAACGAUAAAAUAAAAACAGAUUUAUUUUAUUUUCCGAUCAGAGGAAGUUUGUUGUAAGAUUACUCGGUGAUAAAUCUGUGUUUGAUAUCGUAAUACGGUCGGAAAUCCGCUUUUGUUCGUGUUUGCGGUUUUGUUCCUUUCUGGAUUUGACUGAUGGAAUGACGGAGUGUGUGGAGGAAGAGCAGAGAGCUUAAACACACACACACACACACACACACACUGGGACAUGGAGAACAAAGAUCUGGAGAUGAGCUUAGAGGAGAAACUGACUCUGAGUGAUAAAGGUCUCAGUAGCUCUCACAUAGACUCGACUCAGAGGCCAGAGAAGCAGAACGAGGAGCUCCUCAAAGCCGACGACACCACAGUCACCGAUUCCUCUCUGAUCACUGACCCGCCCUCCAAAACAGAACUGUCCGGAAAAUCGGGCAGCAGACCCAGCACGCCAGGAAACAGCGCCGCCCCUCAGAACAAAAAAGAUGGCAUGAGCUCGGAGCAGAAACAGAAGCUGGCUAAACAGAGGAGAGACGAGAGAGCCAAAUACCUGGAACAGAGAACACAGGAGCAAGCGAUGAAGAAAGCACAGUGGCUGGAGAAGGAGGAGAAGGCUCGACGUCUGAGGGAGAGUCAGCUGGAGGAGAGGAGGAGGAGGCUGGAGGAGCAGAGACUCCGGGCGGAGAAACGCAGGGUUCUGCUUGAGGAGAAGCAGAGACAGAAACUGGAGAAGAACAAGGAGAGAUACGAGUCCGCUAUCAAACGCUCGACUAAGAAGACGUGGGCCGAGAUCAGACAGCAGCGAUGGUCCUGGGCUGGAGGACUGAACCAGACGUCUCGCAGAGAGAGCAGAUGCUCGUCCUCCACCGUAAACCUGCCACGGCAGACAGAGCCUGUCAUUAGCAACAGGCUGUCCAAGUCGUCGGCGACGCUGUGGAACUCGCCCAAACGAACUCGUAGUCUGCGCCUGAGCCCAUGGGAGAGUCGCAUCGUGGAGAGACUCAUGACCCCAACACUGUCUUUCCUGGCCAGAAGCCGCAGCGCCGCCACACUCCUGAACAGCAGCGACCCUAAUCAGUGUUCCCGGUCUCCGUCUGCGUCUCCGUUAGCCGCCUGCUCCCACCAGCACAACACAGACCGCUGGAGUUCAAGCACACCAGACAUCACACAGCGCCAACGCAGACGCAACUCCACACCGGCUAAAAAGGAGAAGAAGGACAAGGAGAGAGAGAAUGAAAAAGAGAAGAACGCCAUCAGUAAAGAGAAAGUGCAGAAGAAGAGACAGUCCCAGUCGAUCCCACGACCUGAACCUGAGCUCAGCACAAAUGUUAAACCUAAGAGCCGGGUUUCCUCCCCUGCACCCCCCAGGAGUCGUCCCCUGUCCCCUAGUCCUGCCAUAUCCCCCAAACCACCAUCCAUCUCCACCUCAGGACGAACUCCUCCAGGGACUAAAAGUCGACCCAGACGCGCACAGACUCCGGCUCGAGUGCAGCCCCCCGCCAUCAACCCCAUCACUGUGACAGAGACAAAGAAAGAACAGAAACAAUCCGGACCUGCUAAAGAUGCCAAGAUUCCUGCCAUCACAGUCUCUACCUCUCCUGUAAUGCCAGCUCCUGCCACGCAGCCAAUCACAGCAGCUCCUCAGACCCCGGAGUCCACACCCACUUCUCCACCUGACCCCAGCCCUCCGGUUACCAAGUCAACAGCAGGUACUACAGACCCGGAGGAGGCGACCCGAGUGCUGGCAGAGAAACGACGGCAAGCUCGAGAGCAGAGAGAGAGAGAAGAGCAGGAAAGACUGGAGCAGGAGCAGAGAAACAGAGCUCUACAGGAAGAGCGUGCCCAGCGUGAGGAGGAGGAGAGGAAGCGCAGAGAGGAAGAGGAGAGGUUAACGACAGAGAGACAGCGUCUGCAGGAGGAGAAGGAGGCGCAGGAGAGAGCUCACGCCGAGCAGGAGGAGAACAUGCGUCUCCAGAAACAGAGAGAGGAGGCGGAGUCGAAAGCCAGAGAAGAGGCGGAGCGUCAGCGUCUGGAAAGGGAGAAGCACUUUCAGAAAGAGGAACAGGAGCGUCUGGAGAGGAAGAAGCGUCUGGAGGAAAUCAUGAAGAGAACCCGUAAGAGCGACGCAGGAGACAAGAAAGAGGCCAAAGCUCCAGCGCAGCUCAACGGCAAAGACACGAGUUCCGUCACUGCUCUGAAUCCGUCAGUCAAUCACAGCAACGGCACUCCGGGUUUAAACUCCCAGGGACAGCUGAACACCAGCCCCGUGUCCUGGACAUCUGGAGCUCCUGUUGUAAACGGUGUCCAGGACACCAGACACCACAACGGCCUGUCGUCUGACAGGACAGCUGACUUCGAGGAGAUCAUCCAGCUGACCAAUCACAGCAGCAGCAGCAGCAACGGGCAGGGCCAAUCACAGAGCAGCAUCACGACCGACCCCAUGAUGGCCUUCGAAGGAGGAGAGCCCUUCAUUAUAAAGGCAGGGCCGAUGAAACCUCAGCAUGUGGCAGAAGUGCUGUGAGGAACCAGACGAGGCUUUAGCGCCGUGUACACGAGGCAGAUGAGCGCUGGGAGUGUGUGUGCCAAACCGUCAGAGAGAGACCAGUUUAACCGAAAGACAGAAAGACGUGGACCUUCAUCUUACUUAUGUACCAUAUAAGAAAAUAAACCCAGUGUUCUCUGUCUUUCUCACUGCGUGUGAUGGUGCAGCAGUGUUCAGUUUAAUCCACAACGUCAUCCAGAGUCGUCGUGUUGCACCUUAAAGACUGCGUGACGGAAUUUAGAGACAAAAGUUGCAAAAGCAUUACAAUAUUUGAGUAUUGUUAUGAGAAUUAAUUAUUGUUAUUGUCGUUGUUCUUAUACUAUAUCAGUAUUUUUCUUUUAAAUUCAGAAAUGAACACGGUGUGUGUGUGUGUGUGUGUGUGUGUGUGUUUGUCUUGAACUCUUGAGUUAUUUAACUUGAGACACAGCCGAGAGAGAGAGGUGAGGAUUGAUUGUGUAAAUGUAUAUUUGCCUGACCUGUGUAAUAAAUCUUUAUUAAAAAGGGA